AACUACAAUUCCCAGACUACACAGGGGUCAUAUAGUGGUUGGACGGAUAUUUCUUAGUCGUAGGUGAGAGAGGGUUGUGAAAAUUAAAAUGGAUGAGUUAGCAGCCUCCCCAUCUCCCACCCGUGGGGCUAAAAUGGAUUUCCCAGAAGACUUUAAUCAACUGGAGCUUUUGGACACGCACAGACAUUUGAUUCCGGUGGGAACACAUAGCCUUUGGCCAGAAGAGGAGGAGGAGGAGGAUGAUGAUUAUCAGGAAGCUGAGCGUGAUGAAGAGUGGUACCAGCAAGAGGAAAUGAAGAGAGAGAAUUACCCAGAUCAGCUGUUGCUGUGGGCUUGUGAGAAAAAUCGGCUGUCAACUGUGAAAAGGCUUCUGUCUGCUCAUGUGGAACUAGUCAAUGUCACAGAUGAUGACCAGUAUACACCACUCCAUCGAGCUGCAUACAGUGGGCACCUGGAAGUGGUCCAGGAACUGCUUGCACACAAUGCCAAUAUUCAUGCAAAAACAGUAGAUGGAUGGACUCCACUACACAGUGCCUGCAAAUGGAAUAAUGCCAAGGUGGCUUCCUAUCUGUUGCAGAAUGGGGCUGAUAUAAAUGCCCAGACCAAUGGGUUGCUCACCCCUCUGCACCUUGUGGCUGGCAGCAGCAACUCCCAUGAAACUCUAGAAUUGUUGCUUAUGAACCGGCAUUUACAACCACAGUUGAAAAGUAGCAGCAAUGAGACAGCAUUAGACAUUGCCAGAAGGACUAGUCUUCAUUACUGUCUUUUUGAAAUUGUGGAUGCUUGCACUAACUCAACACCUGAGUAGUUGGUGCUUAGUGAACGCAACCUUUUGUGAUCCAGAUAACUUAUAGUACAUAGCAGAGAAGGUAGUGAGAGUUAACCUCAUCUUUAGAACAGGUUUAAAGUUUUCUUUAAUCUCAUGCUGCUAUAGACCCAGGCAUUAGGUUGUGAUCACUUGAUGCCUUUGACUUCCAUGGAGAUUAAAGAAAAACAUAAAUAAGGAAGACUUUGAGUUAGAAACUGUGAAAUAUUUCUGUUACAUAAUAUUAAAGAUAACGGGAAGAGUGUAGCAAUUACAGAAAAAGCAUUUGUAGAGAAUUUUGACAUUUGUUUUGCAGUAAUGAGUUUAAUUCAUUGUAUUGUAAUUAAUGCCGGCACAGUGUGUGACACACAUUUGCUGCAGGUUUGCAGUAUUUACAUGCUUUUGUUUCAGCUAAGCUAUUAAUUGAAAGCAAACUCAUCUAUACUUCUGUAAACCCCUGCUAAUUAGAGUAAUUGUUUCUCAGAUUCCAGGUUCAUAAAUUGCUCACAAUGUCUUGUUAAAAUAUAUAUAUUGUGGUUACUGUUCUAUUCUGUUUGUUCUGUUUUCUUAACAAGUGAGCUUCCCCAUUACUCUUUUAUUAUAAUUAUUUAUAAAGCAGGCAGUUGUUGCUGUACAGACAGAGAACCUAACAAAGAUAUCAAAAACAGCUGUCAAAGGAUAUAACCUUCUGGUCACUUGACUUGACUUUUGACUCUUCAUUAAUUCAAGAGCUUUCUUGAGCUAUAAUAUUGAUUCUGUAGUGUUGUAAUUAUUUGAAUGCAUUAAAAUAGUUGUGGAUGUACUAUACUGUAUAUGUUUUGAAAGUCAAGAGUUGUAUCAAAUUUAUAUUUUAAUAGUAUAAAGAUAUCAAUUCA